CAAGGGAAGAAGAAGAAGAGCCGCGCGGCGCUGUGCACUCAUAGCCCGCGAGACGUCGCCGUUGCUCGCCUUCUCUCCACGAGACCGUUUGCCCAUCUGCCGCGCGGUCACGUGACACAUCUGUCAGGGGACAGCAUGGCGGACAUGCAUGUGGAGCCUCAAAACAAAUCGCAUCGAUUGUCCAGCUAACCCCGCCGCGAACAAACAUCGAGACCUGCAGGCAGAGCCGGGCCGGCGGCGCCCGAACAGACACAGAAUGGACGAAGACAACAAACUUCAGUUUCCGUCUCUGCCCGCGACCAAGGAGGACCUUCUGGACUGGGCUUAUCCAAUGAGACGAGAAAUGCAGGAGAUAUUACCGGGACUAUUUUUAGGUCCCUAUUCUGCUGCAAUGAAAAGCAAGCUGCCAAUUCUUGAGAGACGGGGCAUAACGCAUAUUGUGUGUGUCCGCCAAGAUAUUGAAGCCAAUUUUAUCAAACCUAAUUUCCCUCAUACAUUUAGAUACCUUGUGUUAGAUAUUGCUGACAAUCCAGUGGAAAAUAUAAUACGAUUUUUCCCUACUACUAAAGAAUUUAUUGAUAGCUGCUUAGCAACAGGAGGAAAGGUACUGGUUCAUGGUAAUGCAGGGAUAUCAAGAAGUGCUGCCUUAGUGAUUGCAUACCUUAUGGAAACAUUUGGGAUGAAGUACAGGGAUGCAUUCAGCCACGUCCAAGAGAGAAGGUUCUGCAUCAACCCCAAUGUGGGCUUUGUGCAUCAGCUACAGGAAUAUGAAGCGAUCUACCUAGCCAAAUUGACCAUUAAAAUGAUGUCACCAAUGCAGUUGGGCAGGUCCUUCUCCUUACAAGCUGGAAUGCCAGGAAGCCGUAAACGCAGCCUGGAGGAGGAUGAGGACUUUGGAGCAAUGCAGGUCACAGCAGCACAAAACGGAUGAGCUUUGCUGAUAUUUAGCCGUGUGGCGCAGUGCACUCAAUUUUUUUUUUUUUUACAUUUUUAAUGGGAUUAAAAAUGUAAAUAUUUGAACUUUUUCUAAGGGGAAGGGACGAGGGCGGGAGCGGGACCACUCGUGUCUGAGACAUGGAGUACUGAUGGGGAUCGGGCAAUUUUGAUAACUCUUUUCUUUUUCUUUUUUUUUUUUUUUUCUUCUUGAGCUGUAUGCACUGAUCGGAGAUUUUUUGCAGUUUUAUAGUAUUUAAAGCAUUUUGCAUUUGCAGCGGGACAGUAUUGCAAUAAUGCACUUUCAAUACUUGAAUUUGUGUAGACGACCAGAAUGGGGCAGUCGGCAAAAGGGAAAGUAGCCAGGACGUCGCCCAGUGGAGGACACGAGAAGAGGAAUAGCUAAUGCCUUUAUUAUGGGACUAAUAGGAUUAUGGACUAAUAUCAGGCUUAAUGUGGGAUAGUAAGGAAUGGGAAAAUAACAACUCACUGCUUAAUAAAAAGAAGUCUGACUCAG